UAAAAAUACAAAAUAGCUCCAAAUGUUAGCAAAGACUGGCAAUCAAAUAUAGAUCUAGAAUUGCAAUAUGGCGUCUUUAGGCUAAGUUCUGCAUAAUUUUUCAAUGUUGUAGAACUUUUCUACAGCGCAAACACGUAUAUCUUUAAGCUGAAGUAUUCAAAAGCAGAUUCUUUUGUUGUUAUAAACAGAAAUUAACAUAGAUCAUCAUGGCCACUGAGCAGUACAAACCAGGGGACAAAAUAUUCGCCAAGAUGAAAGGCUAUCCCCAUUGGCCAGCUCGGAUUGAUUACAUACAGGAAGGGUCGGUGAAGGCACCAAAAGGAAAAUAUCCCAUAUUUUUUUAUGGAACGCAUGAAACUGCCUUCUUGGGUCCCAAAGAUAUUUACCCGUAUGAAAAGUUUAAAGAAAAGUAUCACAAGCCCAACAGCAGGACAGCUUUCAAUGCUGGCCUGUGGGAAAUCAUCAACAACCCAGAUGUGGUGUUUCAACCAGCGGUAACAAACAUUGACUUGACCCAACCUGUUGAUGAUGUCGUUGUUGAUGAUGAUGUUGUUGAUGCUGAUGAUGUUGACCACCAGGCAGAUGUUCCCGUUGUCAAAGGAAAAAAAACCCCAAAAAAAGCACAGAGCCAGAAACGAAAAAGAAAAGAAAGCACAUCUUCUCUGGCUGAAAAACCAGCACCUAAGAGAGCUAGAGCUGGCCCCACCCCUAGAGCUAAGAAGAAAGCCCCAGGCUCCACCCCCAGCAGAGGUUCCAGCGUAGCAUCAUCAGUCAAAGCUGAGGAGGAAGAGGAAGAUUUUGAUGCCAGCGCACCUCCCACUGACGACUCUGGUGAUGAGGAUUUUGAAAUGGAGUCUGAUGAGAGAAAAGCCUCUGGUGGGAAAAAAAAGAAAAAAGGCAGCGAUGAUGCAGAUGAUGAGCAAGAGGAAGAGGAUGGUGCUAGUGGGAGGAAGAAGAGGGUCACCAAGGUAGCAGUCAGGAGGCGGAUACCAAAAGCUGCUGGAGCCAACAAGUCCAGGGACAUAAAGAAGGAGGAGGGUGAGGACAGCCUUGGUUCAAUAAGCAGUGACAAUGAUGAAGAGGAAGCUGAGGAUGAAGGUGCUCUUAGCUCCUGGAAGAAAAAAGAGGAAGAACGUCAGAAGGAGAUAGAGAAAAAACAAAGAGAAGAGGCUGCCAGAAAAGAGAAGGAAGAAAAAGAGCGCAUACAGAAGGCUAAAGCUGAGCUGAAACUGGAGCGACAGAAGAAGCAGGAGGCUGGGGGGGAGGAGGAAGAGGACACGCCCAACAAACACAGCAAGAGGGAGAGGAAGAAGAAAAAAUUUGAUGACUUUGUCUUGGCCAAAAAGGCUACUCAGGAUGAUAGGGAGAAAUCAUCAGAGAGUGAUAAGAAAAAGAAAGAGAAGAAAACAGAAGAGAAAGAAGUGAAAACAGAGAAGAUUCAGCCAGUAGCUAAAGAUAGCCCAGACAAAAAAGAAAAUGAUGAAGAAAAGAAAGAUAACAAAGUGAGUGAUAAAAAAGAAGAAGUUAGUGACGUGACUAAAGAGGCAGCUGAGGAGAGACUGAAAGAGGAAGUGAAGGAGUGUGUGGAGGAGCAGGCAGACAAGCCCGGCACACCUGUUGUGGCAGACAAACCCGGCACACCUGUGGUUGACAAACAGGACACUGCCAAACGGAAGCAUUCCAAGGAGAGGUCAGGCCAUGAACACAAGUCUGAAGAGGAAAAAGUGAAAGAGGAGAAGAAAAAGACACACAACGAGGAAGAGAAAAGGAGAAAAGAGGAGGACAAAAGCAGAAAAUUUGAAAAAGAAAAGAAAAUACAACAAGAAAAGGAACGCAAGAAACAAGAAAAGCUGGAACAGAAAAAGCGAGAAAAGAAGGAACAAAUAUCCUUUAGUUUAGCUGAAAACACUCUCAUUCAGAUGGAUGCAGAGAUCAAGAAAGCCCUGAACAUUGAGAGCUUGGACAUAGACAAGUGUGUUGCCAUCCUUGAAGACCUGGCAGCCAUCCCCGUCAACCCGCCACUGUUGCGCAAGAAUCCCAAUAUAAUGGCCACGAUAAAAAAAUGUCGCAAGUUUAAAAAAAGUGCUGCCAUCCAACAGAAGGCAGAAAUUAUUUAUCAUAAAUUUAAAUCUUUCUUCUUAGCAGAGGAGGCUGGAAAGCUCCCUGAACCCAAGUCCAAGUUGAGAGAAAACAAAGAGAACGAGCUGUCAUCUAGUGGUAGUGUUCCAUCCUUGCCUGCUGUCAAUGGGGACCCCAGGAACAAUAAUCUGGCAGAGACAACAACAGACGCUGGACACCCCAGUCCAUCAGGAACUCAUGCAGCAACAGAUGCUGGAUGUAACAGCCCAUCAAAAAGUCAGUCAGUGCCAAGUGCAGGCUGUAAUGGCGCCAGUCCAUCAACUCCUCCUGCAAGCAGCACAUGCAGUCAGAGAGUGGCCAGCACUGACCAGUCCUCUCCAGCCAACCCCUCAGACCUCUCAUCUGUUCAAGUGGACGACUCCCUGGUCACGCAGACUUCGGACCCCACGCUUAUACCAGGCUUAAAUUCUAUCUUUAGAGAUGGGCUGGACACUGGAGCUGACUCAGCCAGCCACGGGACUCAGCCUGAGUUGGAGAGUGCUGGUCUCAAGAAGGAACUGAGAACAUCUCAUGGGGAGCCAGUGACCUACGACCCCAGGAGGCCUCUGAGUCUGCCCCUGCCCCCAACAGUGGGUGAGGAUGAGGUAGAGGAGGAUGAAGCAGUCCCUGGGGGUGAGGCUGCCAGUCCAGUUAUUCCUCACGUGGGUGGAGCGCUGGCUCAAGUUGGUCUCUACCUGUCCAAUAUGGUGACUAAUGCUGUCAAACAAAUCACAGCACUGGACAGACUAGCCAACACCUACGGAACCUCCCCACCCCCAGCCACUAGAUCCAGCACCUACAGCUCCUCACCCCCCAGUCACCAGUCUCCUGUGACUGGCAGCAACCACACAGUUGUUGGCCAUGAAGACACGGCCGUACUCGAGUUGACCGAGGAUGAUGAUGAAGAAUUGUUAGAAUCAAAGCGGAGAGACCUGAAUGCCAGGAUUGAAGAGCUGAUGAGACAGGAGCAGGAAGGUGGGGGGUCAGAUGAGGAGGUCUCAGGGGCAGGAGUGGCGGAUGAGGUGAUGGAAGAGGCCAAACAAGAGGAGGAAGAGGAACCACUGAUUGAUGAUGAUGAGCUGCAUAAUCUACUGGGGGUUUGACUGGUCAACAAGUUUGUGUGUGCAUGUGUCAGACUGUGUGUG